CAUUGCUCUCUAGCGUUUUCUAUAGUAACUGAAAGCAAUAAUAAACAAAAAACAUAUAUUUUUUCUUCUUUCCCAAACUCUUUUUUCUUCCCACCAUUAUCUCAUGAACGUUAGUGGAGGCUCUCUCUCCACACAGAGAGCCUACCCUUGAAAAGAACCCAGCUACUACUAGCUUACACUAACACCUCGAAAGUUUCAUUCUUUAGCUUGAAACUCCAUCUGGGUUUUUCUUUAAAUUCCUUAAAAAUUAAACUUUUAUUUACUCUUUUGAGCUAUGAUGGUCCACACGAUGCACAGAGAGUCCCCGGACAAAGGGUUGGACUCCGGCAAGUAUGUUAGGUACACGCCUGAGCAAGUGGAAGCUCUUGAGAGAGUUUAUACUGAGUGUCCUAAGCCCAGCUCUCUCAGAAGACAGCAACUCAUACGAGAAUGUCCCAUUCUCUCCAACAUCGAGCCUAAACAGAUCAAAGUUUGGUUUCAAAACCGCAGAUGUCGAGAGAAGCAGAGGAAAGAAGCUGCUCGUCUCCAGACAGUGAACAGAAAGCUCAAUGCAAUGAAUAAACUGCUGAUGGAAGAGAAUGAUCGUCUGCAGAAGCAAGUUUCUCACUUGGUCUAUGAGAAUGGCCACAUGAAACACCAAAUACACACUGCUUCAGGGACGACCACAGACAACAGCUGUGAGUCUGUGGUCGUAGCAAGUGGUCAGCAACAUCAACAGCAAAACCCAAAUCCUCAGCAUCUCCAACGAGAUGCUAACAACCCAGCUGGUCUCCUUUCAAUAGCAAAGGAGGCUCUAGCAGAGUUCCUUUCCAAGGCUACAGGAACUGCUGUUGACUGGGUUCAGAUGAUUGGGAUGAAGCCUGGUCCGGAUUCUAUUGGCAUCGUAGCUAUUUCCCGCAACUGCAGUGGAAUUGCCGCACGUGCCUGCGGCCUCGUGAGCUUAGAGCCCAUGAAGGUUGCUGAAAUCCUCAAAGAUCGUCCAUCUUGGCUCCGUGAUUGUCGAAGCGUGGACACUCUUAGCGUGAUUCCCGCUGGAAACGGUGGGACUAUCGAGCUUAUAUACACUCAGAUGUAUGCUCCAACAACGUUAGCAGCAGCUCGUGACUUCUGGACGCUGAGAUACACCACUUGUUUAGAAGAUGGAAGCUAUGUGGUUUGUGAGGGGUCGCUUAGUGCUGCAACUGGUGGGCCUACUGGGCCGCCUUCUUCAAACUUUGUGAGAGCUGAGAUGCGACCAAGCGGGUUCCUCAUCCGUCCUUGUGAUGGUGGUGGUUCCAUUCUCCACAUUGUUGACCAUGUUGAUUUGGAUGCGUUGAGUGUCCCUGAAGUCAUGAGGCCUCUCUAUGAAUCUUCAAAGAUUCUUGCUCAGAAAAUGACCGUUGCUGCGCUGAGACAUGUAAGACAGAUUGCACAAGAGACAAGUGGAGAAGUACAGUACGGUGGAGGGCGGCAACCUGCUGUUUUAAGAACCUUUAGUCAAAGACUCUCUCGGGGGUUCAAUGAUGCUGUUAAUGGGUUUGUGGAUGAUGGAUGGUCACCACUGGGUAGUGACGGUGCUGAGGAUAUAACACUUAUGAUAAACUUGUCCCCUGGAAAGUUUGGUGGGAACUCAUUCCUCCCUAGCUUCGGUAGUGGUGUGCUUUGUGCCAAGGCAUCUAUGCUGUUACAGAACGUUCCACCCGCUGUGCUGGUUCGUUUCCUUAGAGAACACCGCUCUGAGUGGGCUGACUACGGCGUGGACGCUUAUGCUGCUGCAUCCCUCAGAGCGAGUCCUUUCGCUGUUCCUUGCGCUAGAGCUGGUGGCUUACCUAGUAACCAAGUCAUUCUUCCUCUCGCUCAGACAGUUGAACAUGAAGAGUUUCUUGAGGUGGUUAGACUUGAAGGUCACGCUUACUCACCUGAAGACGUGGGCCUAGCUAGAGAUAUGUACUUACUACAGCUUUGUAGUGGUGUUGAUGAAGAUGUGGUUGGAGGUUGUGCACAGCUUGUCUUUGCUCCUAUAGACGAAUCAUUUGCUGAUGAUGCACCUUUGCUUCCUUCUGGCUUCCGUGUCAUACCUCUUGAACCAAAAUCAACCUCGAACAAUGCAUCUGUGAACCGUACAUUGGAUCUAGCAUCAGCUUUAGAAGGAUCAACACGUCAAGGAGGUGAAGCUGACCCAAAUGGUUGUAACUUUAGGUCGGUGUUAACCAUAGCAUUCCAGUUCACGUUUGAUAACCACACAAGAGACAAUGUUGCUUCAAUGGCACGUCAGUACGUGAGAAACAUAGUGGGAUCGAUUCAGAGGGUUGCUUUGGCCAUUGCUCCUCGUCCUGGCUCUAGUAUCAGUCCAAUAUCUGCUCCCACUUCCCCUGAAGCUCUCACUCUUGUCCGCUGGAUCUCUAGGAGUUACAUAGUUCACACUGGUGUGGAUCUCUUUGGAUCUGAUUCUCAAACCAGUGGUGACACAUUGCUGCAUCAAGUCUGGAGCCAUACCGAUGCAAUCUUGUGCUGCUCCAUGAAAACAAACGCUUCACCAAUCUUCACAUUUGCAAACCAAACCGGUUUAGACAUGCUGGAAACUACUCUCGUGUCCCUUCAAGACAUAACGUUAGACAAGACCUUAGACGAGCCUGGUCGUAAAGCUCUCUGCUCUGAGUUCCCCAAGAUCAUGCAACAGGGCUAUGCUCAUCUUCCUGCGGGUGUAUGUGCGUCAAGCAUGGGGAGAUUGGUGUCUUACGAGCAGGCAACAGUGUGGAAAGUUCUUGAAGACGACGAAUCAAAUCAUUGCUUAGCGUUUAUGUUCGUUAAUUGGUCCUUCGUUUGAAGGAGAGCCAGAAGAAGACGAGCACACUCCAUUUAAGUGGGAGGAGGGUUUAUUUAUGUAAGAUAUUAAUGUUAGGGCUUCUAUGCUCAAGUAUUUUGAAAUUUAAGGACUAGUAUGUAAUAUGACUAAUAUAUGAUCCUUUGUGGAUUAUACUUGUUCCUUAUGUUAUGGCAGAAUAUUAUUAUGAAAAUGACAAGUCUUUUUGCUUUGCUAAUUUGAUUUAGCAGAAUUUUUAA